GAAAUCUCACUGCACCAGGGUAUAUGCCAGAGCGAGCUGCUCCUCUCCCCAAAUGCAGCAUCAGAGUUUUCUUCUCUUGGAGCUGUGGGGAACCCCUGCCUUGACAGCCGAGGCAUAGCCAAAGCUUGGUUAUCCCAUGGAAUUGGUUUGUGGGAUACAAAACAUCAUCAAGCUCCUGGGACAUUUGUGAAACAAUUUAAUGAAGAGACAAGAAAUACCUGCAGCUUGGCUUUUGCCUCUGGAAAAUUUGAUUUAUCUCACCUGAAAAAUACAGAGGGUUUGGGCAUCCAGCCCCACCACUGAUAAAGGAGACGAUGACUCUGGGAUGCUUCCUCCCUUCCAGCAGCACUUACCUCUCUGGGAGUCAGAGGAGGUUGACAGGAUGGCGAAUUUUAAGGGUCAUGCGCUUCCAGGCAGUUUCUUCCUGCUCUUUGGACUCUGGUGGUCGGUGAAAUAUCCACUGCAGUAUCUCAGCCAGAAAGUAAAUAAGAAAUCCCACAGGACUUACUGUUUCCAGCGUGUGGAUGCCAUUGAAGGGGGGAUCAAAAUCCUCUUUUCUCUAAUAGGGAUGCUGGCGGAGCAGUUCGUCCCCGAUGGCCCCCAUUUGUACCUGUACGUCGGGGAGAAGCACGACUGGGUGAAGCUGAUGAACUGGCAGCACACCACCAUGUACCUCUUCUAUGGCCUCUCUGGGCUGGUCGACGUCCUCACCUACAUCUCCCAGGCGGUGCCGCAGGGUCUGGAUCGCCUUAUGUUGGCAGUGGCCGUGUUCGUUGAAGGUUGUCUCUUCUAUUACCACGUCCUUAACCGCCCCAUGUUGGACCAGCACAUCCACUCCCUGCUGCUCAUCACCAUCUUUGCCGGGGCUGGCAGCAUCCUGCUGGAGGUUUUCCUGCGUGACAACAUUGUCCUGGAGAUGUUCCGAGCUGGCAUCACCAUCGUCCAGGGAACGUGGUUCUGGCAGAUCGGUGUUGUGCUCUUCCAGCCAUGGGGAGGUCCAGUGUGGGAUGAGAAUGACCACAGCAACAUCAUGUUCCUCACCAUGUGCUUUUUCUGGCACUGGGCAGCUGCUGUGGCCAUCCUGGCUGUGAACUACACCCUCGCUUACUGCUGUCUGCAGAGGUUCUGGAGAGGCAGUGGAGAGCCCUACAUUAACCUGGGGCUCCGGCAGCAGAAGUGUGACAGCAGCUCCCAAGCUGCCUUCUUGAACGGCUCUGAUGAAGAAUGAAGAGGGUGCAAACUCCUGCUCUAAAUACAUGAGAAGUCCUUUUUCCGGAAGAAACAAAUCUAAUGAAAUAUUUUAGUUUUGGAGAAGUGAGAGUUGCCCCCCUGGUGCUGCUGGGAGGAAGGCUGAGCACACAGAGGUGGCUGGCCUCCAUCCAUACCCAAACAUCUCCAGCUCAGACACAGCUGGAAGUGAUUUUGAGCCACAAAACAAAGCAUGGAAAUUCAAGAUGACAAGAUAACUUCAUUCUGUGGGUUCCCUGGUGUGUUCCCAUAGGGCUGGAGGGCAUCCUUUGGCCAGCUGGCUUUUCCAAGAGCCUGGGGGCUUUGACCUGCCAUGACUGAGUCAGGGAAAUCUCCAGGCUGAGGUCACGCACCUCUAUAGAGGGGCAUCACCCCAAGGAGGACAAGUAAGAGAGUGUUGAAUGUGAGAUUAUGGCAAUUUUUGCAACACCAGGGCUUGAUUGCACACAAUACAGAUGUUAUUACUGAAGCUUUGAACUAAAGAUGAGGUUUGUUAAUUGUUUUCAUGUUCACUUAAAGGCUGAGAGAGUAAAUAAAUGUGAAAUAAAAAUCC